UUCCUACUGUAAAGUCUCGGCUCCAUGUUGUGCAGCGUUUGGAGAAUGUAAACUUUAUCGGCAGAAACGGUGAUAUUAACGUCACACAACAAGAAUGUCGACUAAAGGAGUGUAAUUCAUCACAGCAGAGGAGAUCAGACUCUUCAGGACUCGGCUGUGUGUUUGUGCUAUCUUUACUAAUCUUCAAAGAUGGAUAAUCCUGACCGGGACAAAGAUAUUUCCAGGCUCUUAGAAGAACGUGAAUUCUAUGGAAAAAGACGAGGAUCCCCAUCACCCAGCGGUGUCUCCAUGAAGAGUGCGAGGUCUAUGGAGCCUCCUGAGAAUUUUAGUGGUGGAGUUUCAUCACCUCUACACAGGAACGACCCAGCUAUUAAAGAAUUCCAGAAAAAUUUCAAAUUAAAUCUGAUGAAAAAGUUUCAGCAUUUGAAUGGAGUGAUGAUAAACCUGGGAACCCAAACACUCCUGAAUGAGAUCUACACAGAGCUCUACAUCACAGAGGGAGACAGUGGAGACGUCAAUAAAGAACAUGAGGUGAGACAGAUCGAGGCAGCAUCCAGGAGAACAACAACAGAGGAAACACCAAUCAAAUGCAAUGACAUCUUUAAGCCCUUAUCUGAACAAGACAAACCCAUCAGAACUGUGCUGACAAAGGGAGUCGCUGGCAUCGGAAAAACUGUCUCUGUGCAGAAGUUCAUUCUGGACUGGGCUGAAGGGAAAACAAAUCAGGACGUCCACCUCAUAUUUCCACUUCCUUUCAGAGAGCUGAAUUUGAUGAAGGACCAGAAACUGAGUCUGAUGGAGCUCCUUCAUGUCUUUUUUAAGGAAACAAAAGAAACAGAAAUGUCCAAUUUGGAAAAGGUUCUGUUCAUUUUUGACGGAUUGGACGAGUGUCGUUUUUCUCUAGAUUUCCAGAACACAGUGAGUGUGUGUGAUGUAACUGAAUCAGUAUCAGUGCCUGUGCUGCUGAUAAACCUGAUCAAAGGGAAUCUGCUUCCCUCUGCUCUCAUCUGGAUCACCUCCCGACCUGCAGCAGCUGAUCAAAUCCCCUCUGAGUGUGUCCAUCGAGUUACGGAGGUACGAGGGUUCAAUGACCCACAGAAGGAGGAGUACUUCAGGAAGAGGAUCAGUGAUCAGAGCCUGGCCAAUAACAUCAUCACACACCUGAAGUCAUUAAGGAGCCUCUACAUCAUGUGUCACAUCCCAGUCUUCUGCUGGAUUUCAGCCGCUGUUCUAGAGAGAAUGUUGUGUAAAGCAAAGAGUGGAGAGAUCCCCAAGACUCUGACUCAAAUGUACACACACUUCCUCAUCAUUCAGAUAAACAUCAUAAGAGAAAAGUACUCAAAGAAGCAGGAGAGUGAUGAAGAAAUGCUUCUUAAACUGGGACAACUGGCUUUUGAGCAGCUGAAGAAAGGGAACCUGAUCUUCUAUGAGGAAGACCUGAGAGAGUGUGGCAUUGAUGUGAGAGAAGCAGCAGUGUACUCAGGUGUGUGUACGCAGAUCUUCAGAGAGGAGUUUGGGCUUCACCAGAGUAAAGUGUAUUGCUUUGUUCAUCUGAGUAUUCAGGAACACCUCGCAGCUCUGUAUGUGCACCUGAUGUUCAUGAUGGAAAAGAAAAAUGUUCUUGAUCAGGGGCAGGACGAUGAAAGUGAUGAUAUGGAAAAUGUUCUUGAUCAGGACGAUGAAAAUCAUCACUUACUUAGUAAUUUUCCAAUGUCGCUGGGACCUAGGGCCCAUCACAGAAGGCUUUGGGCACGAGGCAGGGUACACCCUGGACACGGUGCCAAUUUAUCGCAGGGCACACACACAUACACAUUCAUUGAUGAAAGUGAUGAUAUGGAAAAUGUUUUUGAUCAGUGGCAGGACGAUGUAAGUGAUGAUAUGGAAAUCUUAGAUGUACAUGUUCGUGCUAUACAUCAGGCUUUAAAAAGUCAGACUGGACAUCUGGAUCUUUUCCUUCGCUUUUUUCUGGGUCUCUCACUGGAGUCCAAUCAGAAACUCUUACAGGCCUUAGUAACACAGACAGAAAGUAACUACCAGAGCACAAAAAUAACAGUUCAGUACAUUAAGAAGAUGAUGAUCAGUGAUGAUUUUCCUACAGAGAAAUCUGUAAAUCUGAUUCACUGCCUGAUUGAACUGGGUGAUGAUUCUCUAGUGGAGGAAAUCCAACACUACCUGAAAUCUGGAAAACGAAGUAAACUCUCUUCUUCACAGUGGUCUGCUCUGGUGUUUGUGUUACUGACAUCAGCACAGGAGCUGGAAGAGUUUGACCUGAAUAAAUAUAUCAGUGAAGAUAAGAUAACAGGGGCUGUUCUUCUGAAGGUGAUGCCUGUGAUUGCAGCAUCCAGAAAAUCAAUAAUCAGUUGUGGUUCAGUUGGAGUGAACAGUGUGUCAGCUCUGGUGUCACUGUUCAGCUCAGAAUCCUCAGGACUGAGAGAAGUGCAUCUGACCCUGGAAACACUCGAUCUGUCCAGGAAUAAAUUGGAAGACUCAGUAGUGAAGGAUCUCUCUGUUGUACUGGAGAAUCCUCUCUGUAAACUGAAGAAUCUGAGGAUGAUUGGUUGUGGUGUCUCAGAUGAAGGCUGUGCUGCUCUGACUUCAGCUCUGAGAUCAAACCCCUCACACCUGAGAAAGCUGAAUCUGUCCUAUAAUCAUGUAGGAGACUCAGGAGUGAAGUGUCUCUCUGCUCUACUGGAGAAUCCUCUCUGUAAACUGGAGAUACUGAGGAUGGAGCGUUGUGGUGUCUCAGAUGAAGGCUGUGCUGCUCUGACUUCAGCUCUGAGAUCAAACCCCUCACACCUGAGAGACCUGGAUCUGUCCUAUAAUCAUGUAGGAGACUCAGGAGUGAAGUGUCUCUCUGCUCUACUGGAGAAUCCUCUCUGUAAACUGGAGACACUGAGGUUGUCUAAGUGUGGUGUCUCAGAUGAAGGCUGUGCUGCUCUGACUUCAGCUCUGAGAUCAAACCCCUCACACCUGAGAGACCUGGAUCUGUCCUGUAAUAAUGUAGGAGACUCAGGAGUGAAGUGUCUCUCUGCUCUUAGGGAUGAUAAACAUUACAAACUACAGACACUGAAGUAA